AUGAGCGUAUCAUCAUCGAAACAAAAGUAUAUAUUCAAUAAUAAGGAGAAUAUAUCAUCCAAUACAUUUAAACAAAAUGUGAUCAAGGAUGAGAUAUCAGAGGAGGAUAUAUCACCUUCAAAGUCAAGAUCGCAGAAGAAGAGGAAAUCAUUCAAGACAAAGGCUCCAAUUAAAUCAUUGUUCAAAGAUGCCAAUGGUAUCAGUCCAAUGAUUGGUGGUGUGAGCUCAGGCGUAACAAGAGGUAUAAUGACCAACACUCCAACUUCAUCGUUGGGUUUGUCCAAGAAGAUAAUCACACUCAAUCAAGGUGAUGGUCCUUCUCCACUAUUGCUCGAGACAAACACCAUUGUUGAUCACUCACCUGGUUCGGCCAAUCAGGAUUCAUUCCAUCGCUGGCAUAUGAUGAUGGCGCCAAUUGAUAUCAAUCGAGGCUCAAGUCCAGCAAUCACACCCAUUCCAAUGGUGUCCAACAUGGCCAAGAGGACUGUUGAUGCCUGUGUGAUGAUCCAGAAGCAUCUUCGUGGCUUUGUCUGUCGUCGCAAGUACCAGAGAUUGAGGAGAGCGGCCAUCCAACUCCAAAGUGCGAUCAGGACAAAGUUGGAUAAGGUAUCAUCAAGUGAUCGUCGUGCUGGCCAGACGCAGCAGUCGUCUGAUGACCUCAGACACCAGAAUGAGAGACUGAGGAGACGCAUCGAGACCAACGAUGAGGAGAUCCAGAGACUCAAGCGUGACUCCACAGAGCAGAUCCAGUCAUUGAGUAGAAUGAUCGGUGAUCUGAAGGACCAGAUGAACGUGUUGCCCAAGCAGAUCGUUUACCAACAGUUGUCCACAUUCUCAAACAUCUCCUACCAGAUCAACGCGAGGACACUGUCAUACACGCAAAAUGACAUAUCAGACUUGCGCAUGGCCAUGGAACUGAAUGGCAACACGGUGGCCGCGGGAAUGUACCUUGUUGACGUGCUGAUGUCUGAACACACAUCGGUAUAUGUCACUGGAAGCAUUCCAUCACCUAGCUUUGUCGUGGCCAACUGCUUCCUGGAGGACACUGUGAUGGGCUCGCAAGAGAAGGCACAGAUACUCUACUACUUCAUCGACCAUGUGUCGUCCAUCACUAACAAGGAGGCCAAGAGCAAUGAUGUGCUGAUCUACUGGUUGUCCAACGUAUCGCUCAUUCUCAAAGGAUUGGAGUCGGCACUCAAUGAUCAAGCAUCGGGCAACUCUGGCAUGGUUGCAAUGGAGUCACUAAAGAUCAAGACAAACAUCCAAACAUUGAUACUCAAGAUCUACAAAGGACUCUUGGACAAUGUACUCGGUGCCGUACAGCCUCUCUGCAUGAAGGCCGUCAACAACCUAUCAAUGAAUGGAUUGGCCAUAUAUCCAUUGUUGAGAUAUUUAACCAACUUGAUGACCACGAUGAAGCAAUGCCAUAUCUAUAUUGCGAUCCAGGUGUCAUUGUUUGAACAGGUGUUCCAACAUAUUAGUGCAGUGAUCUUUAAUGAGAUGGUACUGCGUAAGGAGUUGUGCUCGAUGUAUGCUGGUGCCGCAUUGAAGCUCUACGUGUCAGAGUUGGAGUUCUGGAUCCAUAGCAAUGGUGGAAGAGACUCGUUGCAGAUGGCUGGACAUCUGUCCAAGUUGAGACAGGCUGUCAACAUCCUGUUGAUUGAGAAGAGACGGCUGGCCAACGAGGACACGCGUCGUGAAGUGUGUCCAUCCAUCAGCUUUGCCCAGAUCAAACAGUUGUUGACAAUGUACUGUCCGGAUCCAAAGCAUGAGGAGCCAAUACCAAUGGAUCUGAUCGCAUACAUGUCUUCAAAGGAGUUCAAUCGCUCGGAGAACAUACUAUUGGACACUGUGCCAUUCUUGCAGAUACCUCUACACAACCUACAUAAUCUUACAAUGAGAGAUUUGAAGAUGAUACAGUAUGGCACUGAUCAACUUGUCUCCAAGAUCAUUGUAAAGAGUAUCGAGUUGUACAAUCGAAGUGGCAGUCACGUCAACAGCAUCUCUAACAACAAUCAUUACAAAAUCCAACAACGUCUUGGUUCCAAGCAAUCAUCACGAGCUUUCAGCAACAACAAUAAAUCAAAGAUCCAAUGA